CAGAACCAAAGACAGAACUCUGUUAUCUGUGGAAAUAGCCUAUUUUUACAUUUUUUACCAACAUCAAAAAAUGUUACAACUUUCGAUUUGAAAAAAAGUUACUUGGUAGAUUUUAAUGAAUUGAAUCAAUGCAUUUGAGGCAUCAUUUUUAAUAUAGUUUUCUCAACAUGGAUAAAAUAUUCACAUACUUCGUCGUACUAUGUUUUGUAAAAUGCACUAUACAAUUUUAUGUCCCUGGUAUGGCUCCUACAGAUUUUAAAAAAGGAGAAACAGUGGAAUUGAAAGCAGUUAAAAUGACGAGUAUUCACACACAGUUGCCCUUCGAAUAUUAUUCAUUACCCUUAUGUUUACCAAAAGGGGGGGCUGUCGGUAUUCAUUAUAAAUCAGAAAAUUUGGGAGAAGUAUUAAGAGGAGAUCGUAUUGUGAAUACACCUUAUGCAGUUAAAAUGGCUGAGAACACUCCUUGUACUCUUCUAUGCAAUUCUAAAGAUCAACCAAUUAACUGGAAUCCUAGUCAAUCACAGACAGUAGUUGAUCGUAUUCAACAUGAUUAUUAUGUUCAUUUGAUUGUGGAUAAUUUACCAGCUGCUACAAUCAAAUCAAAAACAGAUAAUGGGUAUCAAUAUCAAUUGGGAUAUGCUUUAGGAACAACAGUUGGAGAUAGAAAUUAUAUCAAUAACCAUCUCAAGCUAAAACUGCUUUAUCAUAAUCCCACCCCUGACAUUUAUAGGGUGGUAGGGUUCCAUGUUGAAGCAAUAUCAGUGCAUAAAGAUGCUCUUAAGUUUGUGGGAAGUUCAUGCAGCUUUCCAGAUAAGCCUAGACCUCAAAUUGUGGAUCCAACAACGGGCACAAAACUAUAUUUUACUUAUGAAGUUGAAUGGGAGGAAUCCAUGGUCAGCUGGGCAUCACGAUGGGAUACUUACUUAUCUAUAGGAGAUGCUCAAAUACAUUGGUUUUCAAUCAUCAACUCAAUUGUAGUCAUAUUCUUCUUAUCAGGGAUUCUCACCAUGAUUAUGGUGAGAACUUUGAGGCGAGAUAUCGCAAAAUAUAAUGCUGAUGAAAAUUACGAUGAUGCAAUGGAGGAAUCAGGUUGGAAAUUAGUACAUGGCGAUGUAUUUCGACCGCCAAAAUACGCAAGAUUAUUUUCAGCCAUUAUUGGCUCUGGCAUACAGAUAUUCUUUAUGUCACUCAUAACACUUUUUUUUGCCAUGCUUGGUAUGCUAUCCCCAGCUUCUCGAGGAGCACUCACUUCUGCGGUUAUCUUCUUCUUCACAUUCAUGGGAGUAGUAGCAGGUUAUUAUUCUGCUCGUCUCUAUAAAACACUGAAAGGUCGGGAAUGGAAAAGAGCAGCUUUUUUAACUGCCACUUUGUAUCCAGGGACAGUGGCGAGUGUUUGUUUUUUCCUCAAUUUUCUUAUUUGGGGAAAAGCAAGCAGUGGUGCAGUACCAUUUUCAACCAUGAUCUCUUUACUACUGAUGUGGGUAUUAAUCUGUAUGCCAUUGGUAUAUUUAGGAUAUUACUUCGGGUAUAGGAAGCAACCUUACAGCCAUCCUGUCAGGACAAAUCAAAUCCCUAGACAAGUUCCUGAGCAGAAUUGGUAUAUGAAUCCGAUUUUAUGCACACUAAUGGCUGGUAUACUGCCAUUCGGAGCUGUAUUCAUAGAAUUGUUCUUCAUCUUCACUGCAAUUUGGGAAAAUCAAUUCUAUUAUUUGUUUGGAUUUUUGUUCCUGGUUUUCAUUAUACUGAUCAUAUCUUGUUCGCAAAUUUCUAUUGUGAUGGUAUAUUUCCAACUUUGCGAGGAAGAUUACAACUGGUGGUGGAGGAGUUUACUCGUUUCUGGAGGUUCUGCUCUCUACAUCCUGUUCUACUCAUUGUUUUAUUUCAUAACCAACUUAAAUAUAAACGAAUUUUUACCCACACUUCUCUAUUUUGGGUAUACAGCACUCAUGGUUCUCACAUUUUGGAUUCUUACUGGAUCUAUAGGCUUCUUGGCAGCCUAUGCUUUUGUGAGGAAAAUAUAUGCAGCUGUAAAAAUUGAUUGAAUGCUGUUUUUCCAAAAUAAAUAUUUGUAAGUUUUUGUUGGAGAGAAUGCCUGCAGUGCAACAUGAUCUGUCAUUAAAUGAUAAGUAUUUAUAUUAUAUUUGUGAAUCUGAAGAAAUAAAUGAAGUGAUUUAUUUUAAACUGACGAUAACAAUAAAUUUUGUAAAUAAAUUUUAAUGAAAUCACCAAA